AUGACCGAGCCUGUGCGCCGCGAGUUGCGUAUUCUUCAUCCCCCUUUGGAACCGAUAGUGCGAGAUGGAAAAAUCCGCGAGCAGAUUGAGUUGGAGAGCAAAGGUCGCCGGGAGUAUCUGAAAAAGUGGGGCUACAUCACGAAACCGGAAACGACGGAGUUCUACGAUCUGAAGCGCAACAAUCAGAAGCUGCGUGAUAUUCAGCUGGAACGCAACCGGAGCGUCAAUUUACGCGAGUAUGAUGGCCACGGUGAAUCGUUCUUCGUAUCGCGGCAAAUGUUUAAAACGCUGCUCGAUACCUGUCGCUGUGGCCGCAAGCGUACCAACACCCAUGCGCUCAAGUGUUUGCAGAAACCGAAAAAUACCUACGAAAAAACGGACGACGAGGAGGAGGAUGAGGAGGAAGCUGAAAGGCAACCGAAGGACCGUGGUGCUCGCGCUGGUGGCCGGAGUAGUGAGGAACGUCCUGAGAGGAGUGAACAACCAGGUGGAGAGAAAACCGUUAGCAGCUACAUACCGAAGGUCCCAACGUUGAGCUCAGGAAUGUACGGUUGGCCACAAAACCGAUUCGUAGCUAUGGAGAGAACCACUUACUACGUGUCACCACGCUAUACCAUGCCCGGACAUCCCAUCGUUGAUAGCCAGCCCUACAAUAACAUCAUUCUCGGAUAG